GGAGAAUGCAGCAUAGGCAUCGAACUCAAACAUUAUCGGUGGACAGAAACACCACUGAACGAGGUUGCUUGCUCCGACGCCGAAAUGAAAGCCCCUUCCUCUCUUUUCCUCAAAGGCCACGUUCUCCCUUCUUCCAUUUUUCUCCUCAGAAACUCCAAAGUUAUUUUCAAUUGGGUACAUAAUACAGGAACACCCAAUGUGAAAAUGCACCCCAUCUGGUGCUUAUGUAAAGCCAUUCAAACUAAUUCAUAUGAAAUUUCCAAUGGAAGCUAUCAUCCCACUGUGCAACAAACAACAGAAAAGAAGACAAUGGAAAAGCUAUCCAGGAAAGUUGAAUCUAUUGGGGCAUUUCAAAAGUUGCCCAUAGUGAUGCCAUCUAUUGACAUUAUUGGCUCUGCACUCAGAAAGGCGAGGAAGGUUUCUCCAACGAAAGGAAUUGCCAACAUUGCGAAAAGGGAGAAAAAUAAGGGUGCAAAGCAACUUGAUGCGUUGAUGAAAGAAAUUGCUGUUCCCUUGAGGACGUAUGUGGAGAAUUUUCCUAACAAAAUGCAUCUUCAUCCUUAUGAGAGAUCUCUUAUUGAGCUGACACUUGGAGAUGGAUACUACGAAAUGGUGCUACGAAAGGUAGACAGUUUAAGGAAGAGGGUAGUAUCUGUUGGAAAGGAACAUGCUUCACUUUGCGCUAAGUCUUCAUCAAAGCGAGAAGCAGAGGAAAGGCUGAAUGAGGGGCUUAAGAAAAUUGAAGAGAUUUUUGCUCAAGAACGAAAAGUUGUUGAUGAUUUGUUAGGCAUAGCCAAGACUCUCAGGGCAAUGCCUGUAAUUAAUUUGGAAACACCAACUCUCUGCCUUGUUGGAGCUCCUAAUGUAGGCAAAUCUUCUUUGGUCCAUGUACUCUCUACUGGCAAGCCUGAGAUUUGUAACUAUCCCUUCACAACAAGAGGAAUUCUUAUGGGUCAUAUUAUUUUAAACUUUCAGAAGUUUCAGGUAACAGAUACUCCGGGCCUGCUAAGGAGACAUGAUGAGGACAGGAAUAAUUUGGAAAAGUUGACUCUGGCUGUCCUUUCGCACCUGCCGACAGCAGUUUUGUAUGUCCAUGACCUUUCUGGGGAGUGUGGCACCUCACCUUCUGAUCAGUUUUCAAUAUACAAAGAACUCAGAGAAAGGUUCAAUGGACAUUUAUGGCUUGAUGUCGUGUCAAAAUCUGAUUUGUUGAAGACGUCUCCUGUAGUCUAUGCAACAGACGAGCCUCAUCCCUCCCAACUCGAGCUUGAAAAGUACCGGAAAUCAGGUCCCAAUGGAGCUAUUAACGUAUCUGUCAAAACACAAGGAGGGCUACAUGAGCUAAAGCAGAGAGUGCAUGAACUGCUUAAUUUGCAGAUGGCCAAGAUAAAUGAUAUAAGCAACAACCAGGAGAAGUGAAAGGUGUCACUCCACUAAGGGUUGAUAUCAAACUUGUGAAGAAACUUCCUGAUCAAAUAGGGAAGUCUGAAACCUUCAUGAGCCAGAAGCUUAUCUUUGUAAAAUAUGUUAGCAGCUCUGUGGCCAGCCUCCAAGCAGGAAAAGAAGCAAAGGCUUCUUAAUUAAUACCUUCAAGCAAUUAAGCAUUGGUAGGUUGAGCAUACGAAACUUCCAGAAAAUGUUCAGUCACUUUUAGCUUUGUUGAGGAGAUCAUGUUCCACCCGUAUUGGGCCUUCUUGAAGAAACAAUAAAUGCUUGUUUAUCAACUUUUCAGUUCAUUGAUUGUCAUUGGCUUCAAUCAUGUGUCUUAACUUCUUAAGUCCAUUGUCAGAAGUCUUCAUAAAUUGGUUAAUGUUAAGAUCUGAAUUGAUAUUGAGAUAUAAUGUAUUGAUAUAUUAGAUAUGUUCAUAA